UCUUUGGGCGGAAGUGCCUGUGCCGAGGAGGAUUCGCCCGGCGUGGCAUGUGGUCCAAUCGGAGAGCGCGCUGCUUGAGGCCAGGCUGCUCCCGGCGUCAGGUCCGCUGGGGCUUUGUCAGACUUCUAUAGCGCAGAGGAGCGUGUGGCCGCUGUCAUGGGCGGCAAGAAUAAAAAGCACAAGGCCGGCAGCGGCGCCGCGGGGGCCGGGACGGUCCAUCCCGCCGCUGUAGCCGCAGCCCGGGCUAAAGCGGUAGGCCCCGCCCCGGCCGAAUCCGGAGCUGCCGGGGAAGCCGCGGGCAGGAGACCCCCGGUGCCCCGACCGAGCCCCGCUGUCAAGGACCCCCGGCUUAAACAAGGUCCAAAAACCUAUAGCUUUGGCUCUACAGCUGACUCCAGUGCUUCUGCAAAUGCAGAUAAAUCUGUUCUUAAGGUAGUGAUUAACAGUAACUUGGAAAAAAGAAUUAUUGGUGUAAUCAAUGAGCAUAAAAAACAAAGUGGUGAAAAGGGAAUGAUUUCUAGAAGACUUACUGCUAAAAAACUACAGGAUGUAUACAUGGCUUUGCAAGGGUUUUCUUUUAAGACUGAAGAUAUUGAAGAAGCCAUGAAAAAUACUAUUUUGUAUGGUGGUGACCUACACUCUGCGCUUGACUGGCUGUGCUUAAACCUUUCAGAUGAUGCAUUGCCUGAAGGUUUCAGUCAACAAUUUGGUGAAGAGCAACAAAAAACUAGAGCAAAAUUUUAUUCACCUUUGCCACGAUGUGAAACACCCCAGAUGCCAAACAACAACAAAAAGGAAAAUAACUGUGAAAAAAAGGUAAAUGCUGAAAAAAAGGAAGAGAUCAGCAUGAAGGAAUGGAUCCUGCAGUAUGCCGAGCAACAGAGUGAUGAGGAGAAAAGUGAAUCUAUAAAAAAUUCAGAGGAGGAAAAAUUUGAUCCUAAUGAAAGAUAUUUACACCUGGCGGGUAAGCUUGUGGAAGCAAAAGAACAAGCAAGUUCUUCCAAGCAAGACAAAAACAAGCAAGGCCAGAAGGUGGCACAAGAGAAAAUCAGGCGCAUUCAGCAAGAAAUGGCAGUACUGGAAGAACAUCCGGUGUUCAAUCCAGCUAUAAAAAUUUCAAAUCAACCAAGUGAAAAGAAAAAGGCUCCUGGGCCUCUGGAAACUCACGGUGCUUUGAAUUUAAACAUGCUGGAAAAAUCUCAAGCUGCUCCUGAGGAACAAAAAGUGAAAAAGAGAGAGCCUCAAGAUGUGAGAAAUUUUGAUUAUACUGCUCGAAGUUGGACUGGUAAAUCUCCCAAACAGUUUUUGAUUGACUGGUGCAGAAAACAUUAUCCCAAAUGCCCAAACCCUUCUUUUGAAAAAGUUCCAGCGGGAAGAUAUUGGAAAUGUAGGGUAAGAGUUACUAAGUCAGCUGAUGAUACAAUGGCAGUGUGUCCAACAAUCCUUACGGAGGAUAGCAUGCAGGCUCAACAUCUGUCUGCUACGUUAGCACUCUAUCAAUUAACCAAAGGCCAGUCAGUCCAUCAGUUACUUCCUCCUACAUACAGAGAAGUUUGGUUAGAAUGGAGUGAUAAUGAAAAGAAAAAGGAAGAAGAAAAUAAGAUGGAAAGCAACAAGCCCCGUGACCAAUUCAUUGCUAAACUGUUAAAUAAACUGAAACAGCAGCAACCUCAACAGCAGCUCGAAAGCAAGCCCAAAAUAUCAGAGGACACUGAGGACACUUGGGAAAACUUAGUGAUUGAAGAGGACUUCACUGGGAUUUCUCUUGAGAACCCAAUUGUGGAUGACUUGGAACCUGCUAGGGCACUCUUUAAAAAACUGCAGAGUACAACUAGAUACCAGAGGCUUUUAAAGGAGAGAGAGCAGUUACCUGUAUUUAAAUACAGACAUUCCAUCAUAGAAACUCUUAAAAAACACCGAGUUGUGGUUGUGGCUGGUGAAACAGGCAGUGGCAAAAGUACCCAAGUUCCACAUUUUUUAUUAGAGGACUUGUUGCAUAAUGAGCGAAAUUUGAGUAAAUGCAAUAUUGUUUGUACUCAGCCUCGAAGGAUCUCAGCAGUGAGUUUGGCAACUAGAGUAUGUGAAGAGCUGGGCUGUGAAAGUGGACCCGGAGGAAGAAAUUCCUUGUGUGGCUAUCAAAUCCGUAUGGAGUCCCGAACAGGCGAGGCCACUAGAUUACUUUAUUGUACUACAGGAGUCCUUCUUCGGAAGUUGCAAGAAGAUGUUCUUCUUUCUAAUGUGUCUCACGUUAUAGUAGAUGAGGUACAUGAGAGAAGCGUCCAAUCAGACUUCUUGCUAAUUAUUCUCCGGGAGAUCUUGCACAAGCGUUCAGAUCUACAUCUUAUUUUGAUGAGUGCCACUGUAGACAGUGAAAAAUUCUCCAGCUAUUUUACUCACUGUCCCAUACUAAGAAUUUCAGGAAGAAGUUAUCCUGUAGAGGUUUUCCAUGUUGAAGAUGUGAUAGAGGAAAUUGGUUUUGUUCUGGAGAAAGAUUCUGAAUAUUGUCAAAAAUUCUUGGAAGAAGAAGAGGAAAUAACCCUAAAUGUUACUAACAAAGGAGGAGGAAUUACAAAAUACCAAGAAAAUAUUCCAGUUCAGGCUGCACCUGGUAUUGAUUUAGGCCCUUACUAUCAAAAAUUCAGCACUCGAACUCAACAAGCCAUCUUCUACAUGAAUCCCUACAAGAUCAACUUUGAUCUCAUCUUGGAGUUGCUUGCAUUCUUAGAUAGAAGUCCCCAGUUCAAAAAUGUGGAAGGAGCUGUCUUGAUUUUUCUACCAGGCCUUGCUCACAUCCAACAGUUAUAUGACCUCAUUUCAACAGACAGAAGAUUUAAUCUAAGGGAGAGACACCAGUUAAUAGCCCUGCAUUCUGUUCUGUCCACUCAAGACCAAGCAGCAGCAUUUACACUGCCCCCUUUUGGUGUUAGAAAGAUCGUUUUGGCCACCAAUAUUGCUGAGACAGGUAUUACUAUACCUGAUGUUGUUUUUGUGAUUGAUACUGGAAGAACAAAAGAAAACAGGUACCAUGAAAGCAGUCAGAUGAGCUCACUGGAGGAGACUUUUGUCAGUAAAGCUAGUGCACUACAACGUCAAGGAAGAGCCGGGCGUGUUAGGGAUGGAUUCUGCUUUCGAAUGUACACCAUAGACAGGUUUGAAAGUUUCCUAGAAUAUUCUGUGCCAGAAAUAUUACGGGUGCCAUUGGAAGAACUAUGCCUUCAUAUCAUGAAAUGUAAUCUAGGCUGUCCCGAAGACUUCCUUUCCAAGGCCUUAGACCCGCCUCAGCCUCAAGUAGUUGGUAAUGCCAUGAACCUUCUACGGAAGAUUGGGGCUUGUGAGUUGAGUGAGCCUAAGCUGACUCCUUUGGGCCAACACCUUGCAGCAUUGCCAGUCAAUGUAAAGAUUGGUAAAAUGCUUAUAUUUGGUGCUAUUUUUGGCUGCUUGGAUCCUGUGGCCACUCUUGCUGCUGUAAUGACUGAAAAGUCUCCAUUUACUACACCAAUUGGAAGAAAAGAUGAAGCUGAUCUUGCAAAAUCUUCCCUGGCAUUGGCAAACUCAGACCAUUUGACAAUUUACAAGGCAUAUCUUGGGUGGAAGAAAGCCCGUCAUGAAGGAGGGUAUCGUGCUGAAAUGACUUACUGUAGGAGGAAUUUCCUCAACAGAACUUCACUAUUAACUCUGGAGGAUGUAAAACAGGAGCUAAUGAAGGUGGUACGGGCAGCAGGCUUUGCGGCCCCCUCAGGUCAUCAAGGAGGAACACACUCGCUUUCUCUGCAAGAAAUGGUCCUCCUUAAAGCUGUGCUGACUGCAGGGCUGUACGACAAUGUUGGGAAGAUAAUGUAUGCCAAGUCUGUGGAUAUUACAGAGAAGUUGGCAUGCAUGGUAGAGACUGCUCAGGGCAAAGCACAAGUACACCCUUCUUCCGUGAACAGAGAUCUGCAGAUCUAUGGCUGGCUGCUAUAUCAAGAGAAGAUUAGGUAUGCCAAGGUGUACUUGAAAGAGACUACUUUAAUUUCCCCCUUUCCUAUUUUGCUUUUUGGUGGUGACAUAGAAGUUUUGCAUCGUGAACGCCUCUUGUCUGUUGAUGGCUGGAUCCAUUUUCAGGCCCCUGUAAAAAUAGCAGUCAUUUUCAAACAGCUGAGAGCACUCAUUGAGUCUGUUUUAAAGCAAAAACUUGAAAACCCUAAAAUGCCACUUGAAGAUGACAAGAUUUUGAACAUCAUCAAAGAACUGAUAAAAACAGAAAACACUAUCUGAAACCAAAAUUUGACAGCAACUACAGAGCCACAAUAAUUGGAAAAUUAAAAAUUAUACCUAAAUAAAGAACACCCAUGUGCAAAAGGAGUGUUACACCAACCAUCAUGUGGAAACUGCUUGAACUUUAUAUACAAGUAUAUUUUCUAUGCCAAUUUCAAUAAUGAAUAGCAAAGUAUUGUAAAGUUCACAAUAAAUUUUGGUGCCAUUUGCUGAAAACUGAAGAAUGAAAGCAACUCAGAUGGUUUCAAUAUGAAAAUGAUAAUUUCAUACUUUAUUUUAGCUUAAUGCUUAUCUUGAUGUAGAUCUCAAUAACAGAGUUUGAAUCUAUGGAAUUGUGUUUAGAUGUGUUUAGAAAGACACAAUCAAGGAGAAGUGAAAUUUUUUUACUUGUCAACAUGUUUUUUGUUUUUUUAAACAUUACAUUAUCAUCUAUAAUGAAAUUGGUUUAUUCCUGCAUCAUGGUAAUUUUAAGCAAUACAUUUUAAGAAAGUGCUGUUUGAUUUAUUACUCCUGAGAUACAUUUAAGAGAGCAAACUACGUUAUCAGAAGCUGUUUAGCUUUGAAGUGACAUUAAUACUAUGGAACCCAUCCUCUUUUGAAUUGAAGUCCUACACCUGAACAGAAUAUGUACCAAGUAUUGGGAGAGAUGUUCAGUCUUUUAAAAAUAAAUAUUUAAUAUUGUGCAUCAAGAA